UAUCCAUCAUCGACUUCUUUGGUUUAUAGCCACGAGGUUUUUAGUAAUAUUUCAAUUUUUUCGUGAAAUAAUAGAAAGAUUAUUCACACAUUUGUGACAAAAUGCCACCCAGCAACCCUCUACCGCCUAAAGAAAAUGCUUUAUUUAAAAGAAUUUUGCGUUGCUAUGAACACAAACAAUAUAAAAAUGGCUUGAAGUUCGCUAAGCAAAUAUUAUCCAAUCCUAAAUUUGCAGAACAUGGAGAGACAUUGGCCAUGAAAGGAUUGACUUUAAAUUGUCUUGGCCGAAAGGAUGAAGCAUAUGAAUAUGUUCGUAGAGGUCUCCGCAAUGAUUUAAAGUCCCCUGUUUGUUGGCAUGUGUAUGGUUUACUUCAGAGAUCGGAUAAGAAAUAUGACGAAGCAAUUAAAUGUUACCGGAAUGCUCUAAAAUGGGAAAAGGAAAAUAUCCAGAUCCUCCGAGAUCUGUCUUUGCUACAAAUACAAAUGAGAGACCUUGAAGGUUACAAAGACACUCGCUACCAAUUGUUUAUGUUGAGACCAACCCAAAGAGCAUCAUGGAUCGGUUUUGCCAUGAGUUAUCACCUCCUGGGUGACUUUGAAAUGGCGAACAGCAUCCUGGAUGCUUUCAGAACAAAUCAGAUGAAGGGUCCAUACGAUUAUGAGCAUUCAGAAUUGCUUCUCUACCAAAACAUGGUAUUGGCGGAGUCUGGACAAUAUGACAGGGCAUUGUCACAUUUAUUAAAGUUCCAAACACAAAUUCUAGAUAAGUUAUCAGUGAAAGAAACCUCUGGUGAAUAUUAUUUAAAAUUGAAGAGGUUCAAGGAAGCAGAGUCAGUAUAUGAGGAUUUGUUAAAGAGAAAUCCGGAGAAUGUGAUGUAUUACCAAAAGUUAAUAGAAGCUAAGCAGCUUAGCAACCCCGAUGAAAAAGUGGCCUUCUUUGAUGUAUAUAAGAAAGAGUAUCCAAAAGCAAUAGCGCCGAGGCGGCUCCAGCUCACGGAGGCUGAGGCGCCGGCUGUGUUCGAACGAUUAGUCGAUGAGUACCUUAGGCACGGUUUGCAUAAGGGCAUACCGCCGCUGUUUGUUGAUUUGAGAUCGUUAUACGCGGAUCAAACCAAAGCGGACACAAUAGAGAAAUUAAUAUUACAAUACAUAGAUAAUUUAUCGAAAGUGGGCACAUUUAGUAGUAAUCCCGACGAGGGGAAACAGCCGGCAAGUGCGUUACUGUGGGCGUAUUACUUCGCCGCACAACACUUUGACUUCAAAAAGGAUACGGACCGAGCGCUGUAUUAUAUUGACGCGGCGAUUGAACACACGCCGACGCUCAUUGAACUGUUUAUUGUUAAGGGACGGAUAUAUAAGCACGCCGGUGAUCCGAUAUCAGCGUACCAAUGGCUAGAGGAAGCACAAGCGAUGGACACAGCGGACAGAUACGUGAACAGCAAGUGCGCGCGGUACAUGCUGCGCGCGGGCCACGUGAAGCGCGCUGAGGACAUGUGCGCCAAGUUCACUAGAGAGGGUGUUCCAGCCACAGAGAACCUAAAUGAAAUGCAGUGCAUGUGGUUCCAAACUGAGGCUGCGGCGGCGUAUCAGCGGUUACAGCAGUGGGGCGAAGCCCUAAAGAAAGCACACGAAGUUGACAGGCACUUCUCCGAGAUAAUGGAGGACCAGUUCGACUUCCACUCGUACUGCAUGCGCAAGAUGACGCUCCGCUCGUACGUCGGGCUGCUGCGGUUAGAGGACGUGCUACGCGCGCACCCGUUCUACUUCCGAUGCGCACGCGCAGCGAUACAGGUGUACCUGCGGCUGCACGCGCACCCGCUGCAGGACGCGCCGCAGACCGCCGAGCCCGACACAGAGAACUUGGCGCCGUCAGAGCUGAAGAAGCUGAGGAACAAACAGAGGAAAGCCAAACGUAAAGCUGAACAGGAAAGCGCGCUGGCCGCGCAAGUACAAGUAAAGAGGGAGCAGCAUCACAAGGCCCGGCGGGAGCAAGAGCAGGGCGACCCCGAGGCGCCGCAGCUUGACGAGCUGGUGCCGGACAAGUUGGCUAGGGCAGAGGAUCCGUUAGAGCAAGCUAUAAAGUUCCUGUUGCCGCUGCGGCAGCUCGCGUCAGAUAGAAUAGACACACAUUUAAUGGCCUUCGAAAUUUAUUAUAGGAAAGAGAAACCGCUCCUAAUGCUGCAGAGCAUAAAGCGCGCGUGGAAGCUGGACAGCGCGCACGAGCACCUGCACGACUGCCUCAUACGCUUCAAGUGCUGGCUCGAUGCCAACAUGGCGGCGCUCAACGCGAACGUCGUAGCCGUCAUAUCGGCUGAGAUGGAACCGAUGUUCCGCGGGCGCAGCGCGCUCGCGAUGGCGGAGGAGUUCAUGGCGGGUGGGGGCGUGCAGUCGCAGGCCGGCGCGCUGUGGGGCGCGCGUGCGCUCACCCGCCUCGUGCCCGAGCGCGCCGCGACCGCGAGGCGCACCGCCACCGCGCUCGCCUCGCCCACCUGCACCAUACAGGGCUGCGUGGAAGUACUAGAGAGUCUAAGAAACGGCGACUUCGGGCCGUGCGACAAAGAAAUAGAGGAGUACAUAGAAGCUUGCCGGAAGAAGUUCCCAUACGCGAUCGCGUUCAAGCCCCCCUCCCCCCAGGAGCCCGACCACGUGGACGAAACCCCCCUACAGCCUAAGGAGAUUAAUAUCAACAACUGAGGACUAUGAGAUACAUCUGCAGUAAUUUUAUUCUUGAAUCGGUGAUUCUAAAACUUCAGGGUGACAACCCUGAUACGGCCUUGCCAUAGAACAAGAAUUUUUAAAACGAUAACAUUGUGUUGUAAUGGUGUUUGCGUCUGUUUUUAAAUAAAUUAUAACGGAAUCGUAUUGUGGUUGGCAGAUCGAAUGUAUUUUUAAAUUGAUUCUAAUGGAAAAUAAUGUGCUGUGUUAUUUGAUUGUGUAUGUCACUUGAAGAGAAAUUAAUUUUUUAUAGAGUUUUGUGAUUUGAAUUGUGUAACUUGUUAGUUACAAAAUUUUAAUAAAAUUGUCAUGAAAAAUAGGAUUAUGGCAAGGCCUACGAUAUACCUUUUUGGUAUGAUAAAGCAGAAAUCGUUAAUGAAUAGAAUAAAAUUAUUGGAGAUGGUAUCUCUGUUCGAAUAACGAACAAGCUGAAUAAAUUUCUCAAAACACCAAAAAGUUUUUAAUGAAUUUUCUCUUAAUCCCAGAUAAAGUAAAUUAAUAGCAAAUAUUAUCGUAAGGCAGACAUGAUCAAACAUUGGUUUUGGGGUGUGCAGUGUCACAAAGGAUAAAUGAAAGAUGUGUGUUUAGUUUUCAGCGAUAAAGGGUUUUCAUUAUCUGCGGCUUAUUUACAACGGGAACUACCGAUUGGCUACGGGUAGGUGAUCUGUUACAAGCAAAUUUCAUUUCUCAUUUCAUCGUUAGAAUUUACAUGUUGCAAUUGAAAUGUUCCUUGUAUUUAGUUUUAAGAUUUUCGCUUCCCAACCUUCUUGUUGAAUCUGUAGCUAUUUUACCUUCCCUCAUGUAGCUUUCGCGUAAUUUUUCAGUUUUUUGUUCUUAUAAUUAAUAUUCGUUGACGUUUCUUUAAAUUCGUUAAGCUGUGUGGCCUCAAGUGUUCAACAAUAUUCAACUUAUAAAUAAGAUAAUUGUAUUUAAAUCGCUGGGUUUUAAUGUAUAAAUAUAAUGUGUGAAAAGUAAGUUUUUAGACCUCACGCAAUAAUUAUAACUGAAUCGAGGUUCGCUUUGUAAAUAAAAUAUUACUUUUAAGUUUUUACUGUAAUAUACAGUUAGUUCGAUACAUUUGUCGACUCGUUUAUUGACUGCUGUAAGGACAUAAUAUUAUAGAAAUUGGACGGACUCUAUUUAACACUUUUAUAUUAAUGAAAAAUGGAAGACAUGCCUUCAGUAUUUUUCUUUUAGAUUUCAAUUUUACAUGCUAAUUCUGUGUUUAGGUAAAUGAGAACAAACACAUUCAUAAGAAAAAUAUUUCUUUAAUAGUUUUGAUAGAAAAAUUAAGAUUAUCUGUGUAAUGUCUAAAUAUAUUAUCUGCUCAUUUGAAAUUUGGUUUUCAAAUUUUAGCACCAUUUUAACACCUCUGAUCACAUAAAAUAUGUUUUCAAAACUAUAAUAUUGAUGCUCGAAUAAUAUUUGGACAAUAAACAAUGAUAUUAUGAUACUGCAAUAUUAUCAGAAUUGUAAUCACAAAAUAAUAUAGAACAAAGUGGUUUAUUUUACACAAUUUAUACAUAAUAACAUAAUGUUAGUCAAUAUCGGUUACAACUUGUCUUAUACACGAUUAGAUAUUUUAAAUUUCAAAUUAUGAUUCUUAUACUCAUAGGAAAUAUUUAACAUGAUUAUUUGUUAUAAGGGUGCCUAUUCACAAUACAAGAACUCAUAUAAAAAUAAAUAGAUUUCAUAGCUUUGAGCUAAUUUUGUUGUUUUUGUUGAAAUAUAAUCUGUUGAAAGGCACUCUUACCUAAAAAUAUCACAACAUUUGACAUAGCUUUUCGUGUUUCAAACUGAACAUUUGUCUUCCUGGCAUCAGAACGGCGAUUUUAAAAUAUUUCGGUAUACAUUGUAUCCUAAUUUUAAUUUUCCUUUAUAUUUUUCAAUCCAAAACACCAUCCUGUUCUGCUCAGGGACUUUCGCGUAAAAUGUUGUGUUACGGUCUUGUUGUUUUCCAAUUAUUGGAGUAUUUUGUACCCCGUCGUCUUGUACAUAAAGUAAUAAAAUUUUAUUUUACAAAAUUA